UGUCAACCGCUGGUUGCAGAGUUAUUUGGGGAGACAGGUGAAUCGAUUUAACCUGAGGACAAACAAAACAACGAAGCUGAGAUACGACGCAUUGAUAACUGCCACACACACCCGACGAAGGAUAUGACAACAACCACGAUGCGAGAAACAACAGCACAUUUUGGACAGCUUUCGUUCACGGCCCUAGCUACCUAGCUAAGCUAACUUAGCCGGAAGCUUGCGAAGCCAGUUUGUCAGCUUUCAUCGUGGGACCAUGUUUUGAGCGCGACCUGAAUUCCAUGUGACAUCUUCAAAUUUUCACCCUACGCACCUGGGUGCAGUCUGCAGACACUUACUUGUAGCUGGGCUUCCAUAACUUUAACGCACGAUGUGGCUACAGCAGAGACUGAAGGGGCUACCGGGCUUGUUAUCAAGCAGCUGGGCAAGAAGACUCCUCAUCGGACUGCUGCUCCUGCUCAUCUUCUACUGGUACCUGGGAGCGGAGCGCAGGUGGAGGCUCUUCAGCGGCUCGGCCAUGCCCGGUGGGGCGGCUGGACAGUGCCUACUGGCUGAGAUCCAUAGGUGGAAGUCUAUCGUAGACCGAGGAGAGGGGAUAUACAGCACACCUCAGGAACAACUAGACACACCUUUUGUAUCAGGUAACGGCCAUAUUCUGAUUGACAUUGACUCUAACAAACUGUGGGUAGCGUCGUCUUCACAGCCCGGCUCGGCUCCGGUCCACCAGACUGAAUAUUCGCCGAGAGUCGGCGUCCACCUGGAGGGGAAGCGGGCCGAGGCUCAGGCCAGCAUGCUGUGGUUCCGGAAAGGAGCCGUGCUGUUGGUGCGCUGUGCUUCACCAGCUGCUCUGCAGUCAGCCCGGGACUGUGUCACCAUCAGAGAGGAGUUUAUCGCGCACAGGAGCAGACCUAACGUGUAUCUCCAGAGAAUCCACAUCAACAACCCAUCUGACAGGACCGCCUCCCUGGACGUUUCCUCUGACAAUCCCUCCUUCGGUAGCAAGUUCUCCACCAGUGUGGAGAAACUGGAGGACAGAGAGAUAGUGCUCUCCUCCGGCAGAGUGCCUGUGGAGAACAACCGGAUGGUUCUGGUGGUGGUGGUCACCAAGAAGCUGAGCAGCAGGAUUCAGGUCUCUGCUAAAUCAGAGCACACAGAACACAUUCUGUCAGUGGUGUGGACCUCAGAGCCCAUUGAGCCGUCCAAGCUGGAGGAGACCUUCAGCACCCUCAGAGAAGGAGCCAAAAAAGAAUUGGGGGAGCUGCUUAGGGCCAGUGUCGAUGAGCUGGUUGUAGACCACCAGCAAGCCUGGAUGGACCUCUUCAUUUCAGGUGUUGAAAUGAGGAAGAUCACUGACUCCCACACACCGUCCAGCCGCACAGUGAACACCACCCUCUACUAUAUCCUCUCUUCCUCCACGGCUCCUCUGCUGGACCGGAGGCUGAGCGGCGAGGAGCGCGCUCGUCUCGAGUCCAGCCUGAACUACGCAGACCACUGCUUCAGCGGCCACGCCACCAUGCACGCAGAGAACCUGUGGCCCGAGCGUGUGAGCAGCGCGGCACAGAUCCUGCAGCUGGUCACACUGUGGACUCUGACUCUGCAGAAGAGGGGCUGCAAGGUGCUGGUGGCGGCAGGAGCCCACGGAGCCAUGCAGGGUAUGGUGCUCAGCUUCGGCGGCCUUCAGUUCACAGAGAACCACCUUCAGUUUCAGGCCGAUCCAGACGUGCUGCACAACAGCUACGCCCUGAGAGGGAUCCACUACAACCAGGAUCUCAUUAACCUGGCGGUUCUGCUGGACACGGAGGGGAAGCCUUUCCUCCAUGUGUCGGUGAAGCCUCAGGAGAAGCCGGUGAAGCUGUACGCCUGCGAGGCCGGCUGCCUCAACGAGCCUGUGGAGCUGACGUCAGAGAUCAAAGGUCACACCUUCCCUGUGAUGGUAACUCAGCCCAUCACGCCGCUGCUUUACAUCUCCACAGACCUGCGCCACCUGCAGGACCUCCGACACACCCUGCACCUUAAGGCUAUCCUGGCCCAUGAGGAGCACAUGGCCAACAGGUCGCCAGCAAAGCUGAGGAUUGCUGCUGCGACACCAGGACUGCUGCUUGAACACUGCAGUGCUGUGCUCUCGACGCGUUUCAGCUUUAAUAACUUACUGAUUUCAGAGGGAAUGACGUCUGCUGUGGAGCGACACAGCUCAAAGAUGUGUUGAUGAGAAGACAGAGAAGCACGUGUGUCUACACAGUCUAAUCUGUAAGUAUUUCAACAGUUACAUUUUGUGUAGGUGCGCUACAGCACGUUCAAUUUGAAAUAACACGUAGUGCCCAAAUUGUAGGGGUUGAAAAGUAAAGGACACUUGGUUAAUACAUGUUGGUUGUUGGCUCAGAGCUGAUUGUGAUGCAGUGAUCUGACGGUAUGAGGCGUAAAGCCAAAAGCAAAACUAUCAGAGAUAUCAAAGGUUUGCGUACUUCCUGAAAAUGUUCAGGAGAACUAGAAAAUGUGAAAUGAGCCGGUCAAAGAAAAUCAUUUACAAACAUAGAAACCACACAAACGGGAACAGUAGAGAUGUGCAACCAAGGUCUAUAGACUGAUGAAACAAAUUCAAAAUUAAGGAAAGAGGAAAGUGUGGAGGAAAAAGAACAGCUCACCUCCACCUCUUCUGUCAAACAUGGCGGUUCUGUUACGACUCCAGUCAUUUACUGAUGAUUUCACUGAUGACAGACGCAGCAGGAUGCAGACAGAGGUCUACAGGAGCAGUCUGUGGAUCCAAUCAGAGAAAUGUAUCAGACCACACUUCACCAUUCAGCAGGACAAUGAUCUCAAACAAACAGCAGAAGAAACCAAAGAGACUUCAGGCAAUCACAAAAUAUUAAAUUUGAUGGUUUUGAUUGUGUAUCUGUCCAAUUACUUUUAAACCACUGAACUUUGGUCACUAUGUGUUAAAAAGUUCUCUCUCACACAUUUCUUUCUAUAAUGUAAUCCUGCUCAAAUUAAAGCUGUGACAUUGCACUUUAAUGUAAUCUCCAUUAUUUCAUUUCACAUUGAAUGUGCUGAAGCGAAGCUGACGAACAAUGUGUAACUGUUGAAAUACCUGCGUCUGGACUCUACGUUACUUUAAAACCAGGAGAUACUGAGUUUAAUAUCACAUAGGGUUAAAAACAGCAAAUAUUCACAUUUCAAAAAUUGGAACCAGUUAACGUUUAAAAAUUACAUAAUUAAUAAAGCAAAAGCAACAUAGCAGAAUUUCCUGUUAAACCGGCUGCAUCUUGAAGUUUGUACAUGUACAAAAUAUAAACAGAGGGAACCACAGUCACUUUACCUAAGAUUUUAGGGUACUCCACCUAUUCAGCAUGGCACUCCUCUAACUCGAUGUAACCCCAACACCCCCCAGAUUGAAUGAAAGACAAGAUGGAAGAAGUUGAAAUAAUGACGAUGGGUUUUGUUGUAUACGACCAGGCGCAGCAGCUCUGUGAGGCAGAGGCAGGUAGAGCAGCACAUGCUCACAAUUAUGUUUAUUACACCGACCCUCUGAGCAUGCGAACGUGUGAUAAUUAGCACUAUUAAUGUCUAUAUAACAUUAUAUAAUGAUCCCUGUAGUAGUAGUUUCAGUCUGGAUCAAAGUGGAGGCCUUACUGACGGAGUGACAGCGGUAUCCAUGGAAAUGUGGCUGAAAACCACCAUGUUAAUGGCUGUGUGAAAACACUGUUGAUAUAACACCUACAACAUAACCCAGAUGUGUGCAGAAAGCUUCUCAGCCUGAGGUUUUAAUCUCACAGCCAACAGACACCACAGCUGUGCACACUGUCACCUGCAGGGCGGUGCAGUGGGAACUGUUGCAGAUUUCCAGCAGGUGAAAUGGAACAAAUUGUUUUUGAGCUUAGUUAAGUUUUGGCUAAACUUAGAUUUGUUCUGAUUGUUUGAAGUGAUUUUCACAUUUUUCAGAUUGUUGUGAUGGUUCAGGUUUUGUUUGUAGAUAAUGAGACGAAGGGCCGUUUUUCUUAUAAUGAUUCAAGCAUGUUGCACUUAUGGUCACACCCCAGUCAGGGAUGUCACAGCAGGUCUUUUCAAUAGGCUAUCAAGGGCUGAAUACCCACUUCAAAGUUUUAAUCCAGAAGUCACCAUAUGUUAUGAUCAAAGUUACACUUUUUGAUUUGGGGCAAAUGUUGCGUGACCUUCAAAACACAACUGUCUUCAUAAAAUGCGUUUACAUCUAAAUGUAUAUAUAAUGUAAAUGACAGUUAUUAAUUCAUACUGGCUGUUCAACAUAUUCUUAUUCUGACACACCAAGUUAAUUUUAUAGUACAAGAAGUAAAUAUUAAUAAGGUACACAUUAUGUGUUCGAGACGUUUUCUUUUUCAUGUCUAUUUAUGAUUUAUGUGUUGUCUCAGAUUCAGAAUAUUUGAGGAUUGUUCUGGCUGUGGGUUUAUUCAGUCACUGUUUUUCAUGUGAACUACUGACGGUGCCUUAAUGAAGACAUUAAUGGAAGAAGUUAAUUUAUUGAGCUCAUUAUCUGAUGGGAUUGUACUUGAAUGAUUGGUGAUCAUGUGGAAUUCUUAUGUUAAAUAAAUCACAAUAAUUGUGAGAAACUGCAUAAUUAUGUUGUCUGAUAUAUGUCUGGGUUUAUGCAACAUUUUGU